AUGGCCCUGCGCCUCGCCGCCCAUCCCUUCUCAGUCGUGUUCCUCCUGCUCCUCGUCGUGCACGCGCCGGCGCAGCCGCAGCCUGAUGACGCCGGCUGCAACGGCAUCCUCCUCACCUACACGCUCCAGGGCCGCGACAAGAUCAGGCCCUUCGUCCCCGCGCCCGACUCACAGCCCUACGCCUUCCGCGCCAACGCCACCGUCCGAAACUCCGGCACCCGCCCGCUCCGCUCCUGGGCGAUGCUGCUCACAUUCGUGCACGGCGAGAUCCUCGUCAGCGUCGACGGCGCCGUGCUUACGUCCGGGGGCGACAUGCCCUACAACACCACGGCGGCGGGCGCAGCCACGUCCUUCACAGGGUACCCGCAGGCGGACCUCCUCACCCCGAUCGACACGGCCGGAGACCUCGCCAAGAUACAGGCCACCGUCAACCUGGUCGGCACGCUCUUCGCAGGGCCCGAGCCGUUCCAGCCGCUCCCCUCCGCGCUCUCGCUCGCCGACCCGGCCUACGCCUGCCCGCCGGCCACCAACGUGUCCAGCUCCCUCUCCACCUGCUGCGUGCUCACGCCCGCGGCCGCGGCCGGGAACACCACCAGCGCAUCGGAAACCCGGCGCCGCACCGGCGACCUGGUCAUCACCUACGACGUGCUCCAGGCGCACGAGACAACCUACCUGGCGCUCGUUACUCUGGACAACAACGCGCCGCUGGGCCGCCUCGACGGCUGGCAGCUGUCGUGGGCGUGGCAGCGCGGCGAGUUCAUCAGCUCCAUGAGAGGCGCCUACCCGCGGGAGGUCGGCGCGGGCGCCUGCCUGUACGGCCCCCAGGGGCAGUACUACGAGGGCAUCGACUUCUCCCAGGUGCUCAACUGCGACCGCAGGCCCGUCGUGGUGGACCUGCCGCCGUCGCGGGCCGACGACGCCGACAUCGGCCGGAUCGACCACUGCUGCCGGAACGGCACCAUCCUGCCCAAGUCCAUGGACGUGGCGCACUCCAAGUCGGCGUUCCAGAUGGAGGUGUACAAGAUGCCGCCGGACCUCAACCGGACCAAGAUCCACCCACCGGCAAGCUUCGAGGUCCACGGCGCGUCGCCGCUGAACCCAGAGUACGCGUGCGGGCAGCCGAUCCCGGUGAGCCCGUCGGAGUUCCCGGACCCCAGCGGGCUAGCGUCGACGACGGUCGCCUUGGCGUCGUGGCAGGCGGUGUGCAACAUCACCACCAGCACCAGCACCAGCACGACGGCCGGGUCGGCGUCGUCGAAGCCGCCCAGGUGCUGCGUGUCCUUCUCCGCGUCGUACAACGAGUCGGUGAUCCCCUGCCGGACGUGCGCGUGCGGCUGCCCCGCGAGUGCGAGGUCGACCUGUAGCACGAUGACGCCGUCGAUGCUGCUGCCGCCGUACGCGCUGCUGAUGCCGUUCGAGCGGCGGGCCAAGGAGGCUCUGUCGUGGGCGGAGGAGAAGCGCUUGAGCGUGCCCAACCCGAUGCCCUGCGGCGACUCGUGCGGCGUCAGCAUCAACUGGCACGUCGCCACCGACUUCGACGGAGGCUGGAGCGCGCGGCUCACGCUCUUCAACUGGGGCGACGAGGACAUGCAGGAAUGGUUCACCGCCAUCGUCAUGGACAAGGCGUACGACGGCUUCGAGCAGGCAUACUCCUUCAACGCCACCGCCGUUGGCAACAGCACCAUCUUCAUCAAGGCCAGGGAAGGCUUCAACUUCCUGCUCAGGGAGACCAACAUGAGCGGCGUCGAUUAUCCGGUGCCUGGCAAGCUGCAGUCCGUGCUCUCCUUCACCAAGAAGACGACCCCCGGCAUCGACGUCGUUGCCGGCGACGGCUUCCCGUCCAAGGUCUUCUUCAACGGCGACGAGUGCGCCAUGCCACUGAGGAUUCCGAGUCAGUCCGCCGCAAACCGUGGUGGCAUCAUCACUAUGCUCUUGGGUUUGGCUGCAUCAGCUCUGCUCUUGCUGCUCUAA